AUGUCUGAAAACAUGAGUAUACCGAAUAAUGUGGGCCCUGACAUCCACCGGGUGUCGCCCCUACCUCCAUCGAUGCCUCCAGGAUCCUUUCCAGUGGAUCAAAUCUUUCACUCUCAAAUUAGCAGCUCAGCGGGACCUUCACCGUCGGUGACUUUAUUGGAUGAUAGGAAAGGUCUGCAGCCGAACGAGAAACUCAUCUUCACGAAUCAGAUGACAAAUACCGGUGCGGUUAUAAACUUUACCGAAAUUAUCUAUAGCGAUUCCAUGCGAGGCUAUCGCGUGUACAGGCGUGAACACCAGGUUUCGCCGUUCUUUCGGCUACUAAGUACGAAUAAUAUGCUCCUUCUCGCGGCGUCUCUGUCGUUGUUGUUGUCGUGUCUGGUUCACACUUCAGCCUCGCAGUUCCAUCUUCUCCACUGGCUGCUGUUGUCUGACUCCGCAGAUGACACGUUCGUGCAAUCAAGUCCCGAUUUUGAUAGCGAAACCCAUUUGAAAGUGUUCUCUUUAAGUAAGCUGAAGAUAAUGGCUUGUGUUUUUUUCUGGCUUCUUUUCAUCAUGCAGUUAAUUCGUGCCUACCGCAGUGUUUACGUUGAGGAGGUGCUUGCGAUCCGCGGGAUUGGGUUGCAAUUCACCAGCUACGGCGUUUUCAAUCGCGUUCGGGAAAAACGCUUUGUUGAUCGUAAGCUGAUUCGCUUUAUCGUGAUUCAUGAUACUUUCUAUCGUUAUCAACCCAUUUUUUUCUUUCUUCCUCGAUUGAGAGCCAAUCGCGGCGAUUGGUGUACUUCAGUGAGACGUUGCCGCGUUUGCCCGUGCUCCGUCAUACCCUCAACGGAAUUUGCCAUGUGUUGUACGGGGAGGAGGAACACGGGCCAAGUUUGGCCGAUAUUCAAACCAUGA